CUCGUCUCGCGAGGAUCGCAUUUUGGCAUUUGAUUUUGCUACUGGAAGAUGCAAGUGGAUUUCCAUUCUAAGAAUUCUGGAAUAGAAUCCCUUGGGUUUUACAUCGAAAGAACUUGACAUUAAACCUUGGAAGUGUUUCGUAUGAAAUUGUGAGAUCUAGAACUUAUAGAAUAGUUGAGCCGUGUGAAGAUUUGAUUCGAUCAGUGACUGGUGCGAGUAGAAGCCGGAUCUUCGUUCUGAGUUAGGAACACAGUUGCGAGUUGCGAGUGGCGUGCCUAUCGAUGUGCAAAUUCGUCGAAACUCCUCUAAUCCGGCUCAAAAUGUUUAACUGCUGUGGGCGCCGUGAACUGUUUGUCACCGUUUACCUUUUCAAUUGACGUUGGAAGGUACCGAGCAUUCGCCGUCGAAGCCGUGUGAUCGAAUCCGAUAGUUCAUCACCAGUUCCAUCCCAUUCCAUUUUAAUAUUUAUGUAUUUUGCUUAUUUAUUCACCUAACGAUCGCCCGAUUUAGAAUAGCUAGUAUAUGUAGCUUAGAGUGCACGCCAUUCGAGCAACAGGAAAGCAACAGUUUCGCGAAGAUUGCAGCACUUCCUUCAAUCGCUGAAAGAAUCCGUGGAUGUAUUCUCAAGGCACGAACGCGUAGAUUCAGUCAGUUAUAGCAAGCUCAAGUGCCUACAGGGGGUAUUAGAAUUGUGCAGUGUCACCGGAGUGUGUGGUGUUAAUGAACAAGUAAACAAUCGCUACCCGCGCCGCAUCGCCAUAAUCAUCACCAACAACAACGACCGCACCACGUUUGAAGAGAUUUGCGAACUCUUCUGAACGGGGGGAAAAACUCAUCAACGAACAAGUGAAUAGCAUAAUCAUAUUUGCAAACCAGAAAACAUGCUGCUGACAGCGAUGGGAAAUCUGCCGAUGGUGCUUGCGGUGAUUCUGGCCGCACAUGUUUCACUGACGACGGCACAGCAGGAGGUGAUAGUGUCCAUUGAUGAUCCAGAUAAGACACAGUACCAUGAGGCAAACUUCAAUACGAGUUCCUAUCAAUUCGGAUACGAAGUUGGGCCGAACGGUCAAUUCCAUCACGAGACACGAGGCCCCGACGGAGUGACGUACGGCUGUUACGGAUACAUAGAUCCAAAUGGCAUGCUGCGAGUGACACACUACGUAGCCGAUAGUCACGGAUACCGGGUAGUUGAACCGAACCGAUCGGUGGAAAUUUUCACCAAUUCUCCAUCGCAAUACAGCAAUGCACUCACCGACGACGAUGCUCAAACGAGACAGCGAGGCCAGCUAGUACCGUGGCAGGAUCUAUAUCUUCCUCGUGGAUGUGGGAUGUAUCCUGGAGGUCUACGACCGGAUGGGACUCCCGUUACUAAGCCGCCUUCCACAGGGGCACCUACAAGACCGACUGGCGGCACCAGUACUAGCGGUGGCAGUGGCACUGGUAGUCCUCAAGCUCCCGGAGGAGGAGGUAGUGGAUCUCAGCAGCCACCUGGUGGAAAUCGUCCUGGGCAGGGUCAAGGACAAGGACAGGGACAAGGGCAGCAACAAGGACAGGGACAAGGACAAGGACAAGGACAGGGUCAAGGGCAGGGACAAGGUCAGCGACCAGGACAGGGACAGGGCCAGGGACAAGGCCAGGGACAGGGACAGGGACAGGGACAGGGACAGGGACAGGGACAGGGACAGGGACAGGGACAAGGACAAGGUCAGCGACCAGGACAGGGACAGGGCCAGGGACAAGGCCAGGGACAAGGCCAGGGACAGGGACAGGGACAGGGACAGGGACAAGGACAAGGACAGGGACAGAGUCAAGGACAGGGUCAAGGACAGGGUCAAGGACAGGGUCAAGGACAGGGUCAAGGACAGGGUCAAGGACAGGGUCAAGGACAGGGUCAAGGACAGGGACAAGGACAGGGACAGGGACAAUGGCAAGGUCAAGGCCAGGGACAAGGUCAACGACCAGGACAGGGACAAGGACAAGGACAGGUUCAAGGUCAGGGACAAGGUCAGGGACAAGGACAAGGUCAGGGACAUGGUCAGCGACCAGGACAAGGACAGGGACAAGGUCAGGGACAGGGACAGGGACAAGGACAAGGACAAGGACAAGGACAAGGUCAGACGCAAGGACAAGGACAGGGACAAGGUCAGGGACAAGGACAGGGACAAGGACAAGAACAGGGACAUGGGCAUGGACAGGGGCAUGGACAGGGGCAGGGACAGGGACAGGGACAGGGACAGGGACAGGGACAGGGACAGGGACAGGGGCAGGGGCAGGGACAGGGACAGGGACAGGGACAGGGACAGGGACAGGGACAGGGACAGGGACAGGGUCAGGGACAAGGACAAGGACAAGGGCAGCAACAGGGACAGGGGCAAGGUCAGAGACCAGGACAAGGCCAAGGACAGGGUCAAGGCCAAGGACAGGGUCAAGGCCAAGGACAGGGUCAAGGCCAAGGACAGGGUCAAGGACAAGGACAAGGACAAGGCCAAGGACAAGGACAAGGACAAGGACAAGGACAAGGGCAAGGACAAGGACAGCGACCAGGACAAAGUCAAGGGCAGGGACAAGGGCAAGGUCAAGGCCAGGGACAAGGACAAGGACAAGGACAAGGACAGGGACAAGGUCAAAAUGGAAAUUGGCAGCAACAAGGCCCGGGUGGUCAGAGCCAAGGGCAAACCACCCCAUCUGGUCCUGGACAUCACCAUCAAGGACAACAUCAAGGUUCACAUCAGGGACCCAUUAGCUCCGGCCAGCAUCAGGGUCAACAUCAGGGAAGUCAUCAAGGAGUCAGUCAAGGAUCUCACGAAGGUCAACACCAAGGAUCUCAUCAGGGACCAAUAAGUUCGGGUCAACAUCAAGGUCAACACCAGGGCAGCCACCAAGGUUCAUCUGGACAACAUGGUGGACAGCACCAAGGUUCGCAUCAGGGACCUAUCAGUUCCGGCGAACAUCAAGGUCAGCACCAGGGUAGUCAUCAGGGCAUAAGUCAGGGUUCACACCAGGGUCAAAACCAAGGCUCUCAUCAAGGCCCAAUUAGCUCUGGUCAACAUCAAGGUCAGCAUCAAGGCAGCCAUCAAGGAAUACAUCAGGGACAACAUCAAGGAGAGCACCAGGGUCAGCAUCAAGGUCCGAUUAGCUCGGGACAGCAUCAGGGAAGCCAUCAAGGGAAUCACCAAGGUGGCAACAAUCAACACCAAGGUCAGCAUCAAGGUUCACACCAAGGACCACUCGGUAAUACAACACAUAAUGUACAGGUUUCCUGGGGCCAUGAGAAGCCUGGACAACAAGGACAAGGACAAGGUCAACAGCAAGGACAAGGACAAGGUCAAGGACAACAGCAGGGACAAGGACAAGGUCAAGGUCAAGGACAACAACAGGGACAGGGUCAACAGCAGGGACAGGGUCAACAACCAGGUCAAGGCCAACAGCAAGGUCAAGGUCAGUGGCAAGGACAAGACCAGGGUCAUAAGGACAUGAGUUAUCUUCUUUCAAAAUCCGUAGGUCAAGGUCAAGGACAGCAGCAGGGACAAGGCCAAUGGCAAGGACAGGGACAGGGUCAGGGUCAACAGCAAACAACCACUGCGAGACCCAUCGGAGGACCCUCUACGGACUAUCCCUAUGGACCAACGUCACCGACUCCACAGCCUGGAUUUACCACCGCUCAACCCGGUUAUCCACCAACGGCAAGCGGCGUUCAACCUCCAAAUCGUCCCGGUCAAAACGGUUCUCCUCCGCCCAAUGGCGGCAACAACAACAACAACAAUAAUAACAACAACAACAACAACAAUAAUAACAACAACAACAACAAUAACCAGUACCCACCGUAUCAGAUCGCCGUUUCUCAAUAUCCUUAUUUCUUUGUUCCUUAUCCUUAUCCUCCACCUUCUAAUGUCCCACAAGCGCCAUGCAAUUGUCCACAGGACCAGAACCGACCAAAUCAACCUACCGGCUAUCUCGGGUUCAUCCCGGUCAUCUACGUACCGAGCUGUAAUGCUCAAAAGAGUGGUCUCCCUACUCACAUUAACUGGCCGGCUCCUCCUCCGCCGAACGGCCUGGGUCGAACCCUUGAAGACUUGCCGCUCCAACGGCUAGUGCAGGGAUCGGAUGGCAGUUGGGACGUCCAGCAGCUGUCACCUGAGGAACGACAACAGCAACUGCAACAGUUACAGCUGGCACCAGAGCCACAGCUGGCACCAGAGCCACAACAGGUUCAGCCCCCGAGACCACGCCAGAAUCGCAACCGAAGACUCCGGAGUCGACGACCGCCGGUGGUACAGCAGCCACAGCAGGAAACGCAGAUUGAAACCGUUUAGGGGAGGUGAACUAUGGGAUUGGGUGG